GAACCAGGACAAACCUAACAUCACAAUAUGGCCGAUGCCAUUGGAAUUGCCGGGCUUUCUAUUGCUAUUUUUGAUCAACUUCUUAAACUUGGAGAUCGCACAGCACAGCUGAUAUCUGAUGCUAGAUCAUUCAACGAGGAUACGGUUCUUUAUCACACGAAGGUCAUUGAUGAAAAUAACAGGACUCGACAACUUCGUCACAUAUUGUUUGAGCCAUCCCCCAUUUAUGGCGGAGUUACGCUGUUUGACAACUUUGAUGACGAUGUCCAACAACAGGUCAAGAUCUUUCUUGGCAGGCUGGUUCAUAUGCUUCAAGAAGCCUUAGACCUCCUUGAAUCUAGACAUGGGUCUGAGGACAAGAAGAGUCCUGCGCUUACUUCCAAUAUGUCGCAACUGUCCAUUUCAUCUGAACAGAGCGUUCGCAGCCCGUCGCCACGCUCCUGGAAGUCGCUUUCCAGGCAAUCCAUCAGCAUCCUGAAGUGGUCAUUUCAAGACAAGAAACGGACUGAAGAAAUCCUGAAGGCGUUCUCCGAGCUCAAUGGCCGCAUACAUGAACAGGUCAAACUUUGGUGUUUAGCAUCGUCCAUUGGUCUUAACAUGCAACAUCUCAAACGCCUGCAGAACGACGAAAGUGCUAAACAACUUGGAUUCGAUAUUGAUGCCACACUCCAAAUCACCGCUGCCGAGGCCGGCCAACGAGAUCUCUCCUAUCAACUAGGUUCACGGUGGCUCAACGAUCUAUACAGUGCAACCCCCGUCGAACAGCGCUUCGCUCUUGUUCGCCACGACAACAAGUCCUUUCUACUAGAAUAUAGGCGAAACGAUGGUCACAUACAUCAGCCCGGUGAAUUAGACCAGAGGACACGAUUGCGAGUCAACAAUCUUGCUGGGCUCUUAUCUCAGCCAAAGGAGAAGGUCUUCUGCAUUCCCCGGUGCAUUGGAUGGGAAUAUUUAUCAGAGAAGAACAGCAUCGCUUUUGUCUUUGAGAUUUCUGGACACCAGCAGCCAAAGCCAAUCAGUCUUUUCCAGCUUUUAGACCUGAAGACCGUUAGACUGGGCUUGACGCAAAAGUUUAGGCUCGCACUAUCCCUUAGCAAGUGCAUUACCCAACUGCAACUCGUGAAAUGGGUUCAUGAAUCGUUCAGAAGUGAAAACAUCAUAUUUUUCCCACGGGCAGCCUCUUUCGAAUGCGAUGAAGAAGAAGGCAUCGAUUACUCGGAUCCUUCUGUCCUUGGCUUUGAAUUUGCCAGGCCUGAACUCGACUUCUCGGCCGGCUUCGCAGAUUUGUGUAUAGACCGUGACGUAUAUCGACAUCCGGAGAGGCAGGGUAGGCCUGGCAGAAUGUUCAACAAGAUUCACGACAUCUAUGCCUUAGGUGUCGUACUCCUCGAAAUCGGGCUUUGGCAGCGAGCCAUUACACUUGAGAAGAACCACUUCAGGACGGCGCGGGAUCCAUAUGUGAUCCAGUCACAGCUCAUCAAGCAAGCGCAAAGAAGACUUCACGAUAAGAUGGGAGACAAAUACCAGAAGAUUGUCAUAGCAUGCCUGACUGGAGAAUUUGGAGUCGAUCCCCAGGAUAACCUCAAACUGCAGCAGGCCUUUAGAUCACAGGUUGUAGAUACUUUGGAAAGUAUUUCUAAUGCUCUUUAGGUUGAAUUGAUGCAACCAUCUUUGUCAGCGUUGCGUAUCACUCCUCAGCAUAUCAUAGGGAGAAGUACUAAAAUACGAGCGUCAUGUCCAUGAAUCAUUACUUGAGAUUAAAUGUUUCGACUCGUGUACAGGCAAUAGAACCCGAAAUACAAGCACCCUUUACUGCUC